AUAAAUCUAUUAUAAAGAAGCGAUAUAUUCGCCAUCCAGGGCAUUUCUAUGUGAACAUCGGACUAAUUCACAUCCACACAGCAUCUAUUCGCCUCUUGUCCUCCAGUGAUCUCUGCUCCUUAGACACUUUCACACCAGCGAAUUACCGGCAUCAUGGCUAUAUCAACAACCACGACCCUUCCGAUCAUCAUUUCCGGAACGGGACCGUCUGCACUUCUUCUCGCGCAUGCGCUUCUGAAGGCUACGCCGCCCUUGCCAUUCCGGCUAUACGAGCGAGAUCAAUCAAUGUCCUAUCGGACUCAAGGCUACCGCUUCGUCGUCAAGGAUCGCGGCGUAAAAUCCUGCCGCGAUGUUCUCGGUCCCAAGCAUUUCGAGCUUCUGCGAGCAACUUGUGGGGAUAUGCAGAGCAUGGCCCCCAGGCGACUCGACGCAAUCUCUGGGGCCCAGUUACCUGGAUUUGACAAGAAGUUCAAGAGCCAGUUUGAGCAGGAAGAACCUUUGAAGGCUGACCGGACGCUGAUGAGACAAGCUCUAUUCAGAGGGCUGGAAGACUACACGACGUUUGGCAAGGACAUUGUCGGGUAUGAGACCAUACCCACCAGCGGAGAUGAAGCCGGGACAACUAAUAAUGGUACCGAUGGUGCCGCUGCCGGUGCCAACAUCCUGGUGCGCUUCUCGGACAAUUCGACAGUUCGAGGCUCACUGCUCGUCGGCGCCGACGGUGGCUUUUCAAGAAUCCGGGCCCAGCUAGUUCCCGACGUUCAGCUUCUCGACUGCGGGAUGAGAAUGGUGCUCGGCAAGACGCCGCUGAGCCCGGCCUUCUACGAAGCCCUGGGCGCAACCGGUGAAAACGACCCGCGCGCGGCCAUGCUUCUGGAAAGCUUCGCGCUCGUGGCUGAUCCCGUUCCCCGGACGUCACCCAUGUUCUUCAUGUUCGAUCCGAUGCGCUUCGGCGGCCGCGCCAAGGUCCAGGCCAGCGAUCCGGUCCUCGGCGACUCUAUCCCACUUGACUACAUCUACUGGGCCCUGUCACUACGCAGUGACGAGCCCGAGGCGCAAGGGAGGGACUGGGGCUCAAUGGACUCAGACGCCGCCGCGGACUUGGCCGAGGACCUGACCAAGUCUUGGGCCCCGUCUUUGAGCACCCUCGUGAGAUACCAAGACCGCACGCAGACCCUGCCUCUCCGCAGUUCCAUCAUCCCGCCCCCAUUGCGUGAUUGGCGUCAGUCCGCUGCCACCAAUGCGGUGGAAGGCUCUGAGCCGGCGACAGCAUCACCAAAUCCUAGCCCAAUGGUGACCCUCAUCGGCGAUGCUGCUCACGCACAACCACCCACGGGUGGGAUGGGGGCCACGACUGCCCUGACUGAUGCGGCAAUACUGGGCGCAUCGUUGGCCAAGCACGGGAUCACGCUCCGUGCACUAGAAAUGUAUGAGGCCGAGAUGCGUGAAUAUGCUGGCUCAGCCAUUGAGGGAAGUCUGAAAGGGGGUAAACUGUUCGCUAAUAUGAAGGACUUGGAGGAGAUGGAGCCGAUGAGACACUGAAACUUGGCGGAGAAUUUCCGCUUCUGAGGCAUAAUUUCUUUGCACAUGUUGGACAUCUGUUGAAGGUGAAUUGGCGUUAUUGCUUCAUAUGAGUGGUAUAUGUACCGAAUGAGACGGACUUGCCCAUCUCAUGCCCCAGGACACAACUUGGGUUCCUUUACAUUUCCUCUUUCAUUUGUUUACUUCCGUCAUACAGGUCUUGCAAUCGCCGCUUAUCUCAAAUUUAAUGUUUUUACUUCUAUAUUU